AGUUAGUUACUAGCUGAAGAAAAAUCAUGCUGCGUCGAGAGGUGAGGCAGAGACGAGAGUACCUGUACAGGAAGGCUCAAGAGGACAGGCUCCGAACCAUUGAGGAGAAGAAACAGAAGCUGAAGGGUGCACUUGAUGAAAAUCGUCUUCUGCCAACCGAGGUACGCAAAGAAGCUUUGCAGCUACAGAAACUACUGGAGUAUGACGAUGAAGGGGCAGAAGGUGUCAGCUCACACAUGGAUGAUGAGUAUAAAUGGGCCGGAGUUGAAGAUCCUAAGCUCAUGGUCACCACAUCCAGGGACCCCAGCUCCAGACUCAAAAUGUUUGCCAAGGAAGUGAAAUUGAUGUUCCCUGGAGCCCAGCGCAUGAACAGAGGAAAUCAUGAGAUUGCUGCCCUCGUGCGAGCCUGCAAAGCCAACAACGUCACAGACCUUGUCAUCGUGCAUGAAACAAGAGGACAGCCAGAUGGCCUGGUGGUGUGCCAUUUGCCUUUUGGACCAACGGCUUAUUUCACUCUUUACAACGUGGUAAUGAGGCACGAUGUUCCAGACAUAGGCACCAUGUCUGAGGCCUACCCCCACCUCAUUUUUCACAACUUCACGUCGCGGCUCGGCAAGAGGGUAUCCAAUAUCCUCAAGUAUCUUUUUCCAGUGCCGAAGGAGGACAGUAGGCGUGUAAUCACAUUUGCCAACCAAGAGGACUUCAUCACUUUCAGACAUCACACCUACAAGAAAACCGACCACAAGAACAUUGAGCUGACAGAAGUAGGACCCCGGUUUGAAAUGAGAUUGUACAUGAUCAAACUGGGCACCCUGGAGAAUGAGAGCACCGCAGACGUUGAGUGGCGUCACCAUGCAUAUACACAUACUGCGAAGAAAAGGAGGUUCCUCAGUGUGCAAUAGGAACUGAUGAAGAUGAACUUAAAAUAUGGAGUUUCUAAAAUGACUGAGGAGGUUUUGUUUGAGAAAUGUAAUCAAUUCAAGUCAAGGGUUUCCCAUAGUCAACAAUUAUGGUCACAUUUACAGUAAAUGGGUAAUAAAACUGCAUCAUACCCAUCAUGAGUGACUAUUUUUCAAGUAAGAGAACCUUUUUUGAUAGACCUAUUGUAGGACCCAACACAUACUUUACUGAGGGUAUUAGAACUGUUGUGCUGUUUUGUAAUAAAAUGCAUUUCUAAUGA